CCUGUAUACUAUUGUUGCUAUUAGUCGUCUUAUUGUUCUAUAUUUAAUUAGUAAUAAAGACACGGCGCUGAUAGCGCUAGUGUCUCCCCGAACGCGAAAUGAUUCCCUUUUUGUUUUAUUCUACGUUAUUAUAUCAAGAUGUAGCUGCACACGACUUCUUGGCCGUGACACACGAUAAAAAAGAUUUGAUAAAUUUUCUAAUUGAGCAUCAUUUAAUAAGCAAAGAAAUACAGUGUCCGAAGUGUAAUAGCAAUUUGGAAAUUAACACAAGUAAUCUUACAUUUCGCUGCUAUAAAGUAUACUAUGAAGAAAAUAACCAUAAAAAGCGUGUGAAGAAACAAUGUUCUUUUCAAACAAGUGCAAAGUGUGAUACAUGGUUCUCCAAAUCAAAAUUAGAUUUGGGAACGGUAUGCCGACUAACCGCAUACUUUAUAAUGUUGAGGCCUCCAAGACAACAAGUUUUGUGCGAAGAGCUGCACCUUUCCCCUCAUGCGGUCGUUGACUGGAUUUCCUUUUGCCGAGAGGUUUGCUUAUUUUGGGCGGAAAACAAUUCCACCAAACUCGGAGGUCCGGGUAAAGUCGUAGAAAUCGACGAGGCGAAAAUCGGCAAGAGGAAAUUCAACUGUGGCCGAAUAAUAAAGGGGAACUGGAUCUUCGGUGGAUACGAACGGGAAUCUGGAAAAAUAUUUUUAGUUCCCGUUCCAGAUUGCACAGGAGAAACUUUGCUGGGUGUUAUUAAAGAGUGGAUCCUACCUGGAACAACGAUAAUGUCAGAUUGCUGGAAGUCGUACAAUUGUUUAAACAAUGAAGGCUUCCAGCAUCUGACAGUGAAUCACAGUGAAUUUCGUUGAUCCAGGUACUAGAGCCCACACACAACACAUCGAACGCGUUUGGAGAGAAGUUCGAGCUAAUAUCCCGCGUUACGGGACACGCACUUCCCACUUAGCGGGAUAUUUAGCCGAAUUUCUUUUCAAACGCGUUCAUAAGUUCGAAGAUCGACUCAGCAGUUUCUUCUGUGCGAUUACCCAAUUGUAUCCACCGAAGUUCCAGGAUGUCGCGGAGGCCGCAACAUCUACCUAAUUUCGAAAACCAUAUAUCAUACUUUGCAUUUGUUUGAAAGGAACAUUGUUUUUUCACACGCUUUUUAUGCUUAUUUUGUUCAUAGUAUACUUUAUAGCAGCGAAAUGUAAGAUUACUUGUGUUAAUUUCCAAAUUGCUAUUACACUUCGGACACUGUAUUUCUUUGUUUAUUAAAUGAUGCUCAUUGGCAAAUAAAAAGAUAA